AUGGUCCGGACGAAGGACGGGGAUGGGGGCAUAAAAAGUUGCUCUAUCGUUUCCGAAGUGCAAAAACGGCCUUGUCUAUUCGACACGAAUCACUCGAAUUAUGGGGAUAGAGCUGAAAAAUUGCGGUGCUGGGAGGAAGUUUGCGAUACUGUCGUGCCGGGUUGGUCUACGCUGCCGGAGAUUGAGAAGCUAGCGGCCGGUAAAGAAGUGCAAAAAAGAUGGCGAUCGAUCCGCGAUUCAUAUACGAAAGCGUAUCGACAGGGCAAAUGCCCUCCGCCGGAACAAUGUGCGCCCGGAAGCCGACGUUUCCAAUACCAUAGACAAAUGUCAUUCCUACUACGAGCUUUACAGAACAAAAAACCAAGAUAUUCCCAAGAUAAAUACGAGUCGUUCUCGGAAAUAUCAAAUUCGCCCCAACAUCCGGCACCAGAAGAUAUUCGCAUCAAAACAGAAAUAGACAAACCUCUCGAUCUGAAAACCAAACCAGACGUACCAGAAACACAGGACAAGUGCAACCAGACUGUGCUAGACAAUGACAGAAAGCAGGAAAUGAAAAAUGAUGGGAACAACAUCCUCCCAGAGGAUCAUUUCAAUGAUGAUAAGAUGUUUAUGAACUCUUUGUUGCCAUUAUUUAAAAAAAUGGACGACGACACGAGGCUCUUAUGCAGAAUAGAGGUAUUGAAGAUUAUAAGAUUCGCGUUGCAGGGCAAUAAGUGCCUGGAAGCGUUAAAGAUGGCGGAAGAUAGCUUUUUCAAAAAUGGAAUGCUGAAGGAAGAGGGUAACAAGAUGGAGUCAACACUGUCUAUGACUACCAGGUCGGCGGAUGGAAGCCGGCCUGUACGAAAACGGAGGUUAAGAUCUCCGUCACCGUUACCUGUUCCGCCGAAACGGAGGGGACCAGGUCGUCCCAGGAAGAUCCGACCUCCGCCAUCAGAUUCAGAUGAAGAUCGUCCAAAGAAGCACAAAUCGUUUCCUAAACUGAAAGUGUCCCCCAUUGAAGUAAACCUACAUCCAGAUGAAGAUUCCCUAAGUAAAGCCACAAGUGUCGCGCAACUGUCCACUCCGCUGUUUAUGAAGAUGUAUAAUUUGGAACGAUCAAAGCCAGAGACCGACAUGCAAGUAUCUGUUAAAACGGAACCGUCUGAAAGUAUGGAACCAAAUUUUUACAUUUAG